ACGCAGAUGACAAGGAUAAGUUAGCCAGCAAAAUGGGACCCCACCGUGACCGCGAGGACGGGGAGGUCCCAUGGAUUCGGAAUACAAAUAGUACAACCGCGCAUCGUACUGUACUAAGCUCAGGCUCUUGUACUCGACUUAUCACAUAUUCAAACGUUGAAGAUGACAGGCGCUAACUACAUGGGAGGGAAAAGGAAUGCUGCUCGAGCACGCACCAAAGACAGUACAGGUCGGGUUCAGAAGCGACAUUUUGGUCAACAGAGGUUGGCAGCUGCAUUAUGCUACACGAAGGAAGGAAGGGAAAAGCCUGAAAAGAUGUCCUUGAAGUCUGUUUUACAUCAAAUCAAUCUUGCUCAUGCACAACGAGACGCAAAAAUCAAAGGCAAUUACCCCUCCACGGCGCAUGGUAUAAGCACAUCGUGCGACACACCAUUCGCCGACGGAAUCUCAUUUGGCACCCCAAAGCGCCACAAACAACCUUCGAAGAUACUUCGAAUGCUUGAUUUUUCUGAUCCGGUGGCCUAUCGUGAUGCAAUUGACCGCAUAUUAUCAAUCCCUCUGUCAGAAAUGAUUGAACUGCCCCUGCAAGGAAAGUCGUCCCACUCCGACUCGGAAGACGGAGGCCCUUGCAUUGAUCCCGAGGAACAUCUUCUCCUGCCUAUCGAUGCUGACAGCGAGUCGGACGUUCAGUUUCAAGGAACGUUCAGUGACACCUUCUCUCGCACUGGUCGGUCUUCAGGAAGCGCUAGCCAUUUGUUCCCAAUAGAUAACGAUAAUGAUGGGGGAAUUUAUGACGAUCAUUUGAGCGGACGAAUGUUGCGGCCUCCUUCACCGGACCAUCGUAUGGUCACUACUUAUGAGAGUCCACUACGGAGUGUCGAGACAGAUAGUUUCCACGGAAGCUGGGUCAACGAUUCAGGUUAUGCUGACACGGAUAUUGCUGAGACUGGAAAGCUUCGCGGAUCCGUGCCUACUCAUGAUCUCCAAGAGGAAUACAUUCUCAACAUGGACACGUCACCACCCUCAUCGCAGAAUUCCCUUUCACAGUUGCAUGGUGGAUGGAGUUCUAACCACGGAUAUUUCUCGCAACGAUCGCCAUCCUCCUCCACUUCUCCGAUUGGUUUCCCUGCACCCAUCGUUACGCACGAUUCUCCUGAGUCGUUCGGAUGGGAUAGCUCCAUCAAGUGCAGCAGUCCUAUAUCACAGUCUCUUUGCCACACAAGUGAUGUUAAGCAAUUUUCAGCAUCAUCCUUCGAAACACAAUACGCCCCUACAACUCCUCAGAAAGCUCGGAAGAUGUUCCACGCUACCCAAAUUUCGGAAGCGAUUGCGAAACCCUUCACUGAGAUAUUCAACACGGGACACCGUCGAUCUGUUCAGAACUCAUAUCUUGCCACUCGAACAAAACAUGUGGAAUCACACUCUUUCAAUUCGUCGCAGGGAUUUUCUUCUUUUGGCGGCUCGGAUAUACAUGACCCUGGAUUACCUUUGGACAUCCUAAACGAUCCGGACCCAUGGUCGACUAUCGGGAAGAUUCUAAAUCUCGAGACCGUAGAGCAGCACGACAACGAUGACAUCACUUUUACUCGCGGUCGGGAGGGUGUCGGCUAUGUCAGGCAUCGUUUGGAUGGAUCAGCAUAUAUAUGGAACACACCACGUAAUUCGACGAUAAGUCUGCGAUCUGUCAAGUCAGAAAGUGAAGAUCAACCCAAGGCUAGGGUAAACGAUGAGGAAGAAGAGCACUCGGGGGAAACUACCGACCAUUGUCGCCACCAUUCUCAACAUUCUGAAGGUUCCAAACCGGAAGAAAAACCUUCGCCUGAUCACUCCAACCUUGCCACAAACAUGAAAUUCGCAAACGAGCCACGUUGUAGGUUGACAGUGGCAGAGUCGGAGAUGCAAAUCGAGCCAUUUUGCGUCCCUACCGCACUCGCACAUCGAGUCUCACCCCAGGAUGUACAAUGCAGUGGAAUAGAUGACGAUGAUUUGUAUGGGGGGCCUUGUUUGUUCGGGGAUUCAGACGAGGAAAAUGAAUAGUUUUCGACGGAAGAUUUUGCACUAGCCUAAACCACCGGCAAUGACCGAACAGGUAUAAUCACGAGUCACCUGAUUUGACGCGUCUUCCCAGUUUAUACUCUAGUACUUUAAAAUCAU